AUGGCCAUGGUAGAAUUAUCAAGUAGUCAAUUGAAGGCCGCUACCUUCGACUGUACACCAAACUCAAUACUUUCCAUUCAAGCUGGACCUGGAAGUGGGAAGACAUUAACAUUAGUCCAUCGCAUAAAACAUUUAAUCCAAACAGAAGGAAUAAAACCGGAAGAAAUAAUUGUGUUAUCAAUGACUAAUCGGACAGUCAAUUCAGUUAGAGCAUCAUUACAAGCCAUUCUAGGAGAACAACCACAACAAGACGAACAACAAGACGAACAGCAAGAACAACAACAACAAGUUAAAGUUCGAACUUUCCAUUCAUUUUCAUCAUAUUUAAUUGAUAGUUAUCUUUCUGAAUAUUUCCCUAAUCAAACUAGAAAAGUAAUUAUGGAUGAUAUUAGUUGGAAAAGUUUUCGAGAAUUCUUCUUAAAAGCGUCUAAUUCAUAUAAGAAGAUAAAGCCAACAGAAUUAGAAAGAUUAUUAGUUACUUUGAAAAAUGGAGAAACUACAAUUGAUAAAGUUGCCCAACAAUUACAGAUCCCAGAAACAAAAUUAAAUGAAACCUUACAAUAUUUACAAGAUAAUGGAAUGAUUAGAUAUCUGGAUUUAAUUUCUGAUGCAUUAAAGAUUCUUGAUCAAUCAUUACAAAUCAAUAAUAACCCAAUUGAAGAAAUUAAGAAUAUUAAAGUUAUAAUUGUUGAUGAAUUUCAAGAUAUGCAACCUUCUUUACUUAAAUUAGUAGACGCAUUAUCCAAUUAUCCCCAUGCACCAGACUCGAUCGAAAAGAAGCAUAUUACUAUAGCUGGGGAUAUGAAUCAAUGUAUAUACGGAUUCUUAGGUUCUAAUCCUGAUAUUACCCAAGAAUUUCUUACUCAAUAUCGUGAGACAGCUUGGGAAAUUAAUGAAUUGGCCCUUGAUAAAACAUUUAGAUUAACUCCCGAGAUAUUAACCGCCGCAAUUGAUAUUGCAUUGAAACCAUGUGAUUUGCAUCAUCAUCAAGGUAUAAAGGAAGUCACCGCAGUUAAAGAAUCAUCAUAUAAACCAACAAUGUAUAGUUUAAGUUCAAACUUUGAUGAAUACAAUUUUAUAGCCAGUGAAAUAUCACGAUUGAUUUGUGAACUGGGAGGAUUAUUCAAAUUUUCUGAUUUUAUGGUAUUAACUAGAACAAAUGGAGAAGUGGAUAUGAUUGCGAAAUUAUUUAAUAAAGAUUAUGGAUUUAAUAUUAAUAAAUAUACUCAAUCAGCAGAAUGGUUAAAUACUAAUAUUCAUGUUUUUUUGGAUAUUUUAAAUAUUUUAAAUAAUGGAAAUGGAUCUGAUUUUGCAUUGCUUUCAGUUUUGUUGAAGUUAGGAAUUGGAAAACCUGCAUUGUCGAACAUUUUCCAAUUGUAUCAAUUAUGGAAGAAGAAUAGUAUUGGAUUGGAAGAACAGAGACUAAAACAAAACAAAUUAGAACAAUUCUUAAGAGAACAAUUAGUUGAAGCCACUGAUUUCAAUGAAACUACAAAAUUGUUUAAGACUCGACUUCAAUUAAAUCAAAAAAGUAUUAUAAUAUCAUUUAUACAAACCAUUAGUCAAUCAAAAGCUAAAAUGAACCCGAAUAGCCCAAUAUCAAUUCUUCAAACUUUGAAUACAAUUGUAUCAUCAACCGACCUCAUGAAUUAUAUAAAUAAGCUCCCCCCCUCUAAAACCAAAGCACCUAAUUAUUUAGAACAUGAACAAAAAAUUAUGAAAGAUUUACAAGGAUUUUAUCAAUCACUAAAGAAUUUACAUCAAGAAUAUGAAUUUUCCGAUUUAAUAGUGAAACAACAACCAUUUAUUGAAUAUUUUCUUCAUAAUUGUUAUGGUGAUGAACCGGUGUAUGAUCCUAAUGCAAUUAAUAUCUCAACGGUACAUAAAGCCAAAGGAUUAGAAUUCCCGGUGGUUUUUAUUCCUGGUUGUAAAUCACCUUAUUCUAAUUAUCCCCCCUGGAAUAAAAUAAUAACUUAUAACGGAGAACCAAAACCAGAUCCAGAAGAUGGGAGAUUAUUAUAUGUAGCUAUGACUAGAGCUAAGAAUAUGUUAUAUUUAGGUACUCCAUUUCGUGAUUCAAUCAAUAAGCUGUUUAGUCAUAGUCCUCCAGUAUUUGAUUUUAGAGAUGAGAAGAAUAGGAGGUUUAUUGGAAAUAUGGCGAAUGAUUUGAAAAGACCAAUGGCACCACCAGAGAGAGUUAUGGCGGGACAACAAUUAUAUUCUAGUUUAAUGUUGAAUGGAAGUGUUAGAUCUUAUCAUGUUUCGGUUAAUUCAUUGAUUCAACCGUUUAAGCGGAAAUUGAUAAUUUAA